CCAUUCCAGCGUCUAGUGAUAAUGCGCAUGCUUCGCGUCCUCUGAAGCCGAUUCUGUCAACACGAAUGAAUUUCGCCUCGAAAAGUGUGUGUUUGUGUGCUUAGACACCAAUUUCCGCAUAUCAGCGCUAAACAUGACGUGGGGAUUUGUCACAUGCGGCCCCAACGAAGCACUAGUCAUCUCAGGAUGUUGUUACAGCAAACCGCUUUUGGUACCCGGAGGUAGGGCUUUUAUCUGGCCAACGAUUCAGAGGAUACAAAGAAUAUGCCUGAACACGAUGACGCUAAUUGUGGACAGUCCGACGGUUUACACGAGUCAGGGGGUUCCCAUCUCGGUGACGGGGAUCGCUCAGGUGAAGAUUCAGGGCCAAAACGAGGAGAUGUUAUUGGCCGCUUGCGAGCAGUUUUUGGGCAAAACGGAAGAAGAAAUCCAGCACAUUGCUCUAGUGACUCUAGAAGGCCACCAGAGGGCCAUCAUGGGCUCCAUGACCGUCGAAGAAAUCUACAAAGACCGCAAAAAAUUCAGCAAACAAGUGUUCGAAGUGGCGUCUUCUGACUUGGUUAAUAUGGGAAUUACGGUCGUUUCGUACACUUUGAAGGACAUCAGGGACGAAGAGUGGAUCUACUUUACUAAAAAGCAAGUUGUGAACGAGGAGAGUAAAACCUCGCCACAACGUGUUGUACAGAAGACGUACGUGAGAAAAGUUCCAACGGGCUACCUAAAAAGUCUUGGCAUGGCUCGAACCGCUGAAGUAAAACGCGACGCCCGAAUCGGCGAAGCCGAAGCCCGGGCCGACGCCCAAAUCAAGGCUGCCAUUGCCGAAGAGCAACGCAUGGCUUCGGUGUUCCUCAACGACACCGAAAUCGCCAAAGCCAAGCGUGAUUUCGAGCUGAAAAAAGCCGCUUACGACGUCGAAGUCCAAACGAAGAACGCCGAAGCCGAGCUGGCUUACGAACUGCAAGCGGCCAAGACAAAGCAGAAGAUCAAAGAAGAGCAGAUGCAGAUUUUGGUGGUGGAGAGGACGCAGCAGAUUGCCGUCCAAGACCAGGAGAUGCAGAGGAGGGAGAAGGAGUUGGAGGCGACGGUGAGGAGGCCGGCGGAAGCGGAAAAGUACAAAUUGGAGAAGUUGGCUGAGGCUGAUCAUAAUAGGAUUAUUUUGGAAGCGCAAGCGCAAGCUGAGGCUGUGAGGCUUAAAGGGGAAGCCGAGGCGUUUGCUAUUGAGGCCAAGGCGAAAGCCGAGGCCGAGCAAAUGGCCAAGAAGGCGGAUGCGUUUAAGGAGUACAAGGAGGCGGCGAUGAUUGAUAUGUUCUUGGAUGUUUUACCAAAGGUUGCUGCCGAAGUGGCGGCCCCUAUAUCCCAAACCAAGAAAAUCACGAUGGUCUCGACAGGCUCGGGUGAAAUCGGCGCUGCUAAGCUAACGGGGGAAGUACUCGAUAUUGUCAACAAGGUCCCUCAGCUCGUUAAGAAUUUAACCGGUGUUGAUAUAGCCAAGAAUAUUCACGCCGCAUAGGACAACGAUAUUAAGGGAUCGAGGACCAAUUUUCGCAUUUAACAACACCUUGCAGCCGCUUUCGGAUGGAGAUGACUAUCGUAGCUUAAAUCCUCACUCAAAUCGAGCCUUAUAAAUGUGUAAAUGUAUAUUUUUUGUAUGCCAUAUGUAUGUGAUUUUUGGUGUGUACCUUGUAUAUGUACAGAGGAGAGGUCUGGCUCACGAGCGAUGCCUAGAAUCACCCCACUUUUAUGUAAUUACUAAACUUGUUGCGGAUUCUUCAAGCAAAUUUUCCCUCAUUAUUAAUUGAAGAUAUUCGAAUUGUGUUGUUCACGCGUGUUUGUUUUGUUGUAGCACGAGUUUUACCAAUCAUGGGUUAUUAUAGCAUUGAUGUGGAAGUCCUUGUUGUUAUUAUAUGAUGCCAAAAAUUUAUUCCCAAAGUCACUGUAAAUUCUGGCUUGUACGAAUAAACGAUAUUUUACUAUAAACGAUAA